AUGGGCAGCCGCCUGCGGCCCGCGGCGCUCUGCGCGGCCGCUGUGGCCAUGGCGGGCGGCGCGGCCGUGGCGGCCUGGGCAUGGGCCUGCCUGCGGGGCCGGGCAGCGCCGCCCGCCGCUGAGCAGGGCAAACGGCAAAGCAAGCAGAUACUGGUGCUGGGCCUGGAUGGCGCGGGGAAGACCAGCGUUCUCCACUCGCUGGCCACUAACCACGUGAAGCGCAGCGUGGCUCCCACCGAGGGCUUCAACGCCAUCUGUGUCAACACCGAAGAGUCCCAGAUGGAGUUUCUGGAGAUUGGGGGCGGUGAAUCUCUGCGUUCGUACUGGAAGAUGUACCUGCCCCAAGUGCUGUUGCUGAUCUAUGUCGUGGACUCAGCUGAUCAUGCUCGACUGCCUGUGGCGAAACAGCUGCUUCAUCAACUGAUCGAGAACAACUCCACCCUGCCAGUGGUGGUUCUGGCCAACAAGCAGGACCUCGAAGGUGCAUAUUGCAUCACAGAUAUCCACGAUGCUCUGGCACUGUCUGAUAUCGGGGACAAGAGGAAGAUGUUCUUGAUUGGUACCCACGUGGCAGAGGAUGGCUCAGAGAUCUCCUCCAGCAUGAAGGAUGCCAAGGAGCUGAUAGCAGAGCUGUUUUUGGAAAUGCAGUGACAGCUCUUUUCCUUCGACACAAUACUUGCAGCUGGGGAAGUUGAGGUGUUAGUAUAUGGUCGGUUUGCUGCAUGGCAGCUGAAAUGUAGAAGUACCUUUUCCUUGUGGGUGUGGAAUUCCUCUGAAAAUGAUGUCUAGUUGGUAAGAAAAUCUAUUUUGUAGUGUUUUUAAAAUACCUUUGGAAAAUAAUAUAUUUGUAGCCUAUUUGUAGGGGAAGGUGAAACUCUCAGACAGCAGAAUUAGGGGUAUAUAUAGCUUAGGCUGAGAUGGCCUCUUGCCAGGUUGGAAUUAACCAUCGACUUUAAUGAAACAAAGUUGUAUCCAGUGAAUUUAACCUGGCCUGAUGUCUCAGGUUUAAAUUGAAUUAUGUUUACUUCAUAGGUAAUGGAUUUUACAGAACUCUGUUAGGAGAGUUUUUUUUGUUAAAAAUGAGACCACCUCUUGAGAAUGUCAGAAAGUUAAGUCCUGUGACAGAACUGCAUUUUUGACAGUGAUAACUUCUGUUGUUCUCUGUAGGAGCUGACUUUUAGGGGAGUGACAGAUUGGUAAUUUCUGGAAAUUGGGCUUGUUUACAGCUUCUUUAGUGGAUAAGAAAGACAAGAAAAUUAAAGCAAUAUGACAUUAAAAUUUUCUUUGCUUACAGGAAAAAAAAAAAAAGCAGAGCAAUUUAAGGUAGUGACUGAAAGCAUUUAAGUUAGGUUGGCACCAGAGGUUGGGGGAAUCCAUCAGUUUGAGUGGCUUAUUUUGGUUCAGUCCAGAUUGUGCUUGAGCAAGCAGUGUUAUGGGUGAAAAAUCUAUCACUUUUGGAAAGUGACUUCUGUUAGGACAGCAGAUGAGGAAGAUGAGUUGGAAAGGAGUGUGACUUUCUCAGUGUCAGUGUCUUUGUAAUUACACUCCAAACAUGUGAUUCAGGUUCCAGGCAGUACUGCAAAAGACACGUUUUAUAACCAAAUGUAUUAUACAAGUUUUUUCUAGUUUUGUCCUUUGUAACAGGUGCAUAAAUCAGAAAAUUUUACUCUUAA